GCCUGCAAUAUGGCGGGAAUGUCCGACGCGCAGCACGCCGGCCGCGGGGACGAAGAGGACGUCCGGGAGGCGCGGAUCAGCGGAGACGCGGACGCGGAGGUCCCCCGCGCGGGGACUGACCCUCACCUGGCCGCCGCGCACUUCCCGCCGCCGCGGGACAAGCUGAGCGAGAACACGCGCCUGGCGACCCGCUACGCGGUGCGGAUCUUCCGGGACUACCUGGGCGAGAAGGCCCACAGUCCGGACUUCGAGAGUCUCCCCAAGGCCGAGCUGUGCGCGCGGCUGCGCUCCUUCUACGCGGAGGCGCGCGCCAAAAGCGGCCACCUGUACAGCAAGUCGUCCCUCGUCAGCAUCCGUAGCUCGCUCAACCGCCACCUGAACGAGCCGCCCUUCUGCCGCACCCUGGACCUCACCAAGGACCCGGAGCUGCGCGGCGCCAACCUCACCCUGGCGGCGGUCAUCCGGCGUCUGGAGGCGCAGGGGGCGGGGCCGGUGGUGCAGAAGCAGGCCAUCGCGCGCGCGGACCUGCGCAGGCUGUACGCGUCGUCCAUGUUCGACGCGGACACGCCGCUCGGACUCCUCAACAAGGUCUGGUUCGAGACCUGCAUGUACUUCUGCACCCGCGGCCGCGAGAACCAGCGCGAGCUGCGGGAGGACUCCUUCGGCCUGGCCGCGGACCGGGACGGCCGGAAGUUCGUCUACUUCAAAGCCCCGCCCCCGAGGAGGAAGCCCGAGGCGGCGGCGCGCGAUGACGUCACCCUGCCGCGGAUGUACGAGACACGCACGCCGCUGUGUCCUUACGCCAGCUUCCGCCGCUACCUGGCCAAGCGCCACCCGCUCUGCCGCGCCUUCUUCCAGCGGCCGCGGGACCGCUGCGGCGCCGCUGAGGUCACGUGGUUCGAGAACAAGGCCAUCGGCAAGAACCUGCUGGGCACGCGCAUGCAGAUGUUGUCGCGCGCCGCCGGCCUGUCCAAGACCUACACCAACCACUGCAUCGGCGCCGUUGCCAUAGCGACGCUGGACGCUGUCGUGGGCGCCGCCGCGGAGACGCGUCAGGGUCACGUCGCCGCCUCUCACCCGAAGAGACACGCGCGGCGCGCCGUCAAACAGGACGAUGACAGCAGUGUGACGGUGCUGGACUCCCCCUGCGUGCCGUGUGCAGGCCAGCUGAGUGUGAGCAGGGGGGCGGUGCACAUGGACGUAGGAGGGCAGAUGUACACCAGCAGCCUGGCCACGCUGGGCAGGUACCCCGAGUCACGGAUCGGACGCCUGUUCGACGGCAGCGAGCCCGUGGUGUUGGACCGCCUCAAGCGCCGCUACUUCAUCGACCGCGACGGCGUUAUGUUCCGCCACGUCCUCAACUUCCUGCGCACCUCCAAGCUCCUCCUCCCCGAUGACUUCCAGGAGUACUCUCUGCUGUACGAGGAGGCCUCCUUCUUCCAGCUGGCGCCCUUGCAGGCGGAACUGCGGCGCUGGCGGGCGGAGCGCCAGCGCGACAAGGCGUCGGAGGCGCGGGAGUGCGUGGUGGUCCGCGUGGCGCAAGAGAGGAUCGGCGUGAGCGGCCGCCGCGCCGCCAUCGAGGAGGUCUUCCCGGAGGUGACGGAGGCCUUGUGCGCUUCCCCCGACGACUCCACCCACCUCACGCACUUUCACCUCAGUGACCACUGCGGCCUCAACUCUGUCCAGGUGUUGGAGCGACUGCAGCAGAGAAGAUUCCGCAUCACGUGUGGUUCGUGCGGCGGCGGCGCAGACUCCCCCUCCCACUUCAGCGAGUACGUGCUGCAGAGGGCGGGGCUCAGUGGCCGGAGUCCCUCCCCCGGACGAGUCAAACAGGAAGAGCUGGACUGCGCCUGACAGGAAGUGAGGUGAUGUCAUUGUGUCUGAGUCACCUCCGCCACAAAACAACAAGACAAGAAAAUGCUUGUGGACAUUUUUUAAUGUGGCGCUCAAACCAUUAAACCCAUUUUGUGAAGAAAUGAAAAGAAGAGCUAUUUACAAAAGGUGUAGAUGUGAUAGUGGGAGGAGCCAGGAGGCAUCAGAGCAUGGCUCUGUAGAAGGUGAGGGAGCGGCGCAGGAAGUGGUCCUGCUCCAUGCACAGCAGGAGGUCACGCAGCAUGACCCGGGUCACGCGCUGGAAGCCCGGUCUUGGCGGCAGAGACACCUGACGCCCGAGAGAAGAAUAAAGACCCGCAGGGGGAGGGGGGGCAUGGGACAGGUGGUCUCACAAAACCCUUACCUGGCCUUCCGCUCGCUUCUUGCGCGGCCCGAUGGCGGCCAGGGCGGCGAGGUUGGCCUCACGCUGCUGCAGCUCGGCUUCUUCCAGCUGUUGCAACUGAAGGCAGA